UAAAAGUGCAUGGUCCCUGAAAACUACUGCUGACAAAAGCAAUGUUUUCUCACACUUGCAUUUACCGAAGAGUCUCUUUUUACACACUACAAGGUUUUAGUUUUCAAGCAAACCACUCCUGCACUCAUGAUAAAUUAAAUUAUUUUUUAUUCAAAGGCUGCAAUAAAGAUCACCCAAACAUUUAGGAAAGAAAUGUGCAUUAAAUAUAGAACGACAUAACUUUACAUUAGAUGUGACAUAUUAACGUCCGGAAUGAUGCAUUUUAAACAAUAAGCUAUUGUUGCAAACUGAAAUUGUUUAUUUCGAGGAUAUUUUAACCCGUCAUCUCUUUGCAGUUUGGAUUUUGACGUUGCACAAUGGAUAACAACAUAGUACACUGAAACACUGUACUGUAACAUUGUAUUGCAAAUGUUUAUUGUCCAUUAGGCCAUGCAGAAAAACGGUUGCAACAGCUUUCAAUAAUGAUACAUUUCAAAACAUCCCGUCACGACCUGGGUGCGGAAGAGGCACAUUAGCUACUCAAUAAAUGCAGAUUAGACAAAACAUGUAUAAUAUGCAUUUGGAAUCGCUUUUUCACCAUGCACUGACGAUUCAAGCGCCAGCUGUUUCCUCUGUGAAUUUCAUAGAGUAAUUGCAUUUAUACAUUUUGCUAGUGAGGCAAUGCACAUCGUGAUGAGGAUCGUCGGUUCCUUUGUGUUGCGCUGCCGUAUGCAGCUGCAUCUGGAAGGGACCGGUCUCGCUCUCCCCGUGUUGUCUAGCCCUCUCUACUCGGCGAAAAAAAGUACUACUUCAUUCAUCCCGUUUCCUUCCAUUCAUCUGGGCACUGCAGAGUAGCGAAGACUCGGGGUUCGAUCAGCACCAAAAUUCUUAUCAAUGGAGAGGCUGACGUCAAUGAGCUAGAGUGACGUACGGUCACGUGGGCGCCGUGGGGCCGAAAUAAAAACACGGAGAGCUGACCGUGGUACUGAAAAUAUCCCCAUAGCGCCGUGCAAGAAAAGCCAACCAUACGGCUUCCGAAAUCACUGUACAAAAAGAACAGCAACAUUCAAACAAAGAAUUUAUUGUUGAAGCGGAUUCUUACACGUAGAUCACGAGAAUAACUUAAAUACAAAGUUUGAAGAGGACACAAUUGGUGCGUCGGACUGCGCUGCCACUGACAGGAUUCCCGGUUCAACACGUAUGUGCGGUCAUGAUCUGGUGCCAACAAACUUCAAAUGUCCCCUUCACUUUCCUGUUCAUGUUAUUUAGUCUCACAAUCAAUCCUGCAACCUUCAGUCCAGUGACAGCAGAUAGAAACACAGUAAGUGAAAACUAUGCAGCAUCUUCCUCUGCUCAGCAACAGGCUCAAUAUGCUCAACCAGCUGAGGAACAGGGCAUGCAACAUGAGGAAAAUGAUGAAGAUGAUGAGCUUUUCAAAGACGUGGAUCCUAGAACCCUAGCAGCAGUCCUUCUCGAAGCCCUCAACCAGCCCCAGAAGGAAAAGAUGAGUGAACGAGAAGACGGGGAAACGGAAGUUGAAAAGGAGAAGGAUCUCCAGGGCUCAGACAGAGACAGAGAUGGUCACAAAGAGCUAGAGCUGGUCAUGGCAGCUGCUGCUGCAGCGCAAGGAAAAGACGAGAAAGAAAAAGAGGAGGAAGAGGAGAAAAAAAGGGCUGAGGAGGAGGAACGGCUAACGGAGAAAGUGACGAGCCGCACCACCAGUCAGACGGUACCAUUAAAAGAGCAGGUGGCCCCGCAGGAGGGGGCCACAAAAGAGGAGGUGAUCAAGGAGGAGGAAAGGCAGGAGCCAGAGAGAGUAGAACUGGCGGAGGAGGAAGAGCAGCUUAGUCCAGAGGAAGUGAAGAAUCUGGAGACUAUGUUAGAGGAAUUCCAGAGCUACAGCACAGCCACUAAGAGAGAGCGUGACACGUCCACAGGCCAGAGGGAGAGCCGUGGGGAGUAUUUUGAUUACCUAGACCGUAAUGGCCUCAUGAACAACGAGGUCAAGUCUAAAGCUAAAGGCAAUGACCUAGCACUGUCCAAGAAGAAGCUAAAGUGGCAGCUCGAACAAGAGAAGAACAAAAUGCAGCCCUUACAAAGAGGAGGCAACUUCAUGGAUGACUUUUCCAACAACCUUGCUGACCCAGAGGAGGAAGAUGAAGAAGUACAAGAGGAUGAAGAACAGCUGAGCCCCGAAGAAGAGGAAACUCAGGCCAAAGCAGAGCAAGAGGAGGUGCGCAGACAGGCAGCAGAGGCACAAAGAGCCAAAGUGGAGGAAGAAAAGCUUGCAGACAUUGCAUCUGACAUGCUACUGAAAUACAUUGUGAAACAAGACAAGAAAAAGUACCAAGACAACAAUGGUGCAGAAGAUAAGCGCUCUGAUGAGGAGGACACUAGUGACGACGAUGAUGACAUUGACCCACAGACCAUCGAUAAGCUGAUUGAGAUCUCCAGCAAGCUGCAUCUUCCUGCUGAUGAUGUGGUGGACAUUAUUAACGAUGUGGAGAAGAAGAAGAAAAAAGAUGCUCCUGAAAAUCUCCCAUGGCAACGUCCUCUCGUGCCGCCUCCAGCCCCUGUUGCACCUUCUACGCUGUUACGUAAACCUCCUCCUUCAAAGCCUCCUCAACCGAACACAAACUCAUUAAAAGCCUGGUUCAAAGACAGGGCCUCAGUCAAGCCCAGCAAGCAAGACAUUUGGACGAGGCAGCAGUGGCCCUUUCGUACCUACCCUUCCUACAGUUUCUAUCAAAACCCCUACCGGGGAUAUUACCCCAUCUACGUUCCACCUCCAAAACCAAAAUCCCGCUACUAUCCCAAGCCCUCUUUCUCCCUCAAUGAAGUCCUGGGAAACUCACUGGACUAUGACUUUGAUUACUCCAGACGGAAGUCCCGUCUCUGGGCGCAGUCUCGCCAAAGAGUCCAACCAGCCUUCCAGCGAAAGUUCUACUUCCCUCACCCUCGGACUUUCAAAGCCGUACCCAUGCCUAAACCCCGGUCGCCUCCGCGUCGUUGGCCGUCCUUUUAUUAUCCAGCCCGAGCUCCUGUAGUCACCAGGGAAGAUGAUUACUACAGUGCGCUGAAGCAGCCGCCACAGGAGAGCGAAGAGGAGCUGGAGAACUUCAUCGAGAGAGUCUUUAUGAAACAUCCCAGGAUGUUUCAGUAAGCAGACUAGGGGGGGGAGAAAACAGAGCGAUGAGGAGGAGGAGGAGGAGGAGAGGAAAGCGAAAGGGAACAACUUAAAGACUGUUCAUGGCCAACGUAUCAUGUUCUGGUUUCUUUUGCUGAAAUAAGUUCCAUCGUACUCAUUUAUUUGCCUCAGAUUCAAAGUUUACCCUUAAGACAGAACAUAUUCAGGAUCCUCAUGUCUAACUAACCACAUCUUCCACCCUCCUCCCCCUUAAGAGACUGAAAGACCAGCAAAGCUACUGGAGCGGUGAGAGGAAAGGGUGCUUAAAAUAUCUCAAAUACCCAACACUGAAGUUCUGCAGACCCCUAGAAGGCCUUCAUAAAGGAACAGAUACCUGAUAGCAUUAAACACCAUGUUUUCAUCCAAUGCAAAGACAUUCAAGAAGGAAUCUUGAAAGACUUGCCAUUAUUAUGGAAGCAAAUUCCAUUAAGUCUUAUUUAACCAUCUUUUUUGUUUUGUUUUGUAUAUUUUGGACAUUUAAAAUCCCAGCGGUCAGUCUCAUUGAUCAUAAUGUAGAGAGGGAUAGCAAAAAAAUACUCUAAAUGCACCUUUAAGGAACGCAAAUGCGCAGAUUUAUUCAAACAGAGAAACCAUCACAGUGCCAUAAUGGUGGAAAUAUACAUUUUGUUUAUUCUACACACCAAAUGUAUUAAGUCUUACUUGUACCUCAGAGUAUUCUGCUUGAGCAUUUACCAUUUGUGCGUUCUCUUGUGAAACAAAGGACACACUAAGUCUUGUACAUAGAAUUAGUUUCUUAUCGCUGUCUGCAUUUUGAAUCUUUUCCUUCGAUGUGUUUAUACCAUUGUUUUUUACGCAAAAAGAUAGAAAGCUGGUGCAAAGGACAUUCAUACAUUCCAACGAUUUCUAAGAAACAAAUUUAUUAUUUCAUAGAAGCUGUUUUGAAUACAACUUUUAAUUGCCUUAAGACACUCUCUUCCCCUUUUCAGAUGAGCAGCAUUUUUGUCACAGACUGGCUGGAAGGUUUGUUCUCAAGCUCAUGAACUGAAAAGCAGUGAUCAGCCUUUCAACAUGUUUUACAAAUAAAACAAAUAUAUACAAAGAUAAUUAAAAUUUCAUGUUUGUGGUUUUAAACGUGUCAAAUGUUAAUGGUUUAUUCAAGAGUAACCUUGCCCCUACGACAGUUACAUCUUACCCGAAAUCAACCACUGGGCCAAUGAGAGCUCGAUCAAAAAGCAUAGACAAUCUAUUAAAUGAUUACAGUUCACAUGGGAAGGAAGCAAUCCAGAUCUACUCAAUAUCAGUGGUGAUGUUAAUUAAGUGAAAACCCAAAUCAGAAAAAAACUAAAUCUUGUCCCAAAUGAAAUGAUCAAACAGUAACAAACUGGUGCUUGUCUAUCUGAAAAAGAAAAGUAAGGGGGAGGCAUACACAGUUCUAAUUUUCUUUAAAAGGUUUGAAAGACUGUCAGAUGAAAGCUAGGGGAAAAAUGGUUGAGAAUAGCUGAAGUUUCUGCACGUUACUGUAAACUUGCAUCUAAAAUGUGUUGCUUCUUUGAAGACAUUAUGAGCAUUGAAAAAAAAAGUAUAAAAAAAAAAGAUGAAUGACUAGUGUAUCCAAGUAAAAAUGCCGUUAAGUCUUGUGUGAGGAAAAAAUGUUUAUGUCCUUUCUAGAUGUAUCUUGUACGUAACAUAAUAAACAUGCGUUUGCUGGAUGUAAAUAACCGCAUGUUGAUGACUAGUUUUGCUACACAGAGAGAAAUAAAUAAACUUGACUAUUUUUUAUUAAGAUUGUUUUUUUUAAUUCCUUCUUGGAAAGAACAUGGU